AUGAGGUGCAAGAAACACCCGGCCGACGCCACAAGCGGCAUCGGCGUCUGCGCCUCCUGCCUCCGGGAACGCCUCUUCGCCAUCAUCGCGGCCCAAUCCCAGGCCCAGACCCUCAAGCAGGCCCAGGCCCAUAGGGACCUCCGCCGGCCCGACGCCGACCCGCCCCUCCCCUUCCCCCGCUCCGUCUCGCCGUACAUCUCCCGCCGGAAGUCGGACACCGCCGCCGCGUGCCAGCCCCAAGGCCGCCGUCCCCACCGAUUCUACAGCACCCCCCUGGUGGGCCCUGCCGGCCCAAUCGCGUCGGGGUUUGAGAAGGAGAGGAAGAGCAGGCGCGGGGUUUUCUCCUCCCUGUUCUCGGGCCUCUUCAGAUCCAAAUCGGACAAGUCGGGCCCGAUUCACGAUCCCGGCCCUCCGAUCGAAACUUCCUGGUCCGCCCCUUCCCCAUCGUGGUUCCCGACGGAUUUAUUCACCGGCCGCCGGAAAAAGAACGCCAGGACGUUCUCGAUCGACGAGUUCAGGUGCGGAUCGCGGCCCGCUAGAACCCGCGACAGGGGAAUGUCCCCGGCGGGUUGCUCCGGCGACGAGGACCGCGGCGGAUCGAGCGGCUGCUCGCCGGAAUCGCCCCAGGGCUGGAGGCAGACCCCGCAGAGGACGCCGGCGCAGGCGCGGCGGGGCGGGGGGAAGGCAGCGGCCGGUAAGGGCAUGUCGUCGGGGUUGAAAUUUUGCUUGAGCCCCCUUGUCCGGGCCAGCCCGAGCCGCCCCUGGAGCCAGAAGGGCUUUCCACCGGAAAUGUCGCCGGUCGGGGAAUCUAGGAUUCCGGUUAAGCCGUACCUCUCCACGGCCACAUCAUUUUGCAAGAACCGAUCGAGGAAGCUCGCCGAUUUCGGGAGGCACAGUUUCGAUCCCAGCCAUUGA